AUACUUUUUAGUGAAAGUUUACAAAAUAAUUUUUUUAGGUAUUAUUACCGUUACAUUACCUAGAGACGAAUAUGAUUAUAGAUUCUCAGUCUUAUAAGAUAAAAGAUAAAGAGAAUUUACAUCUUUAUUCCAAAAAUCCUCAAUUAAUUGAUUUAACUCGAUCUAUUUUAUGGACAAAAUGCAAUAUAAAAAUGGAUAAUAUAAAGGAUAAUAUUUACUAUAUUUCAUUUAUUUAUUUUAUUAUAUUUUUAACUUUUCCUAUUUUACCCAUUUUGCUUUUUAUAUUUUAUUUAUUAUCAAAGUAUUAUUUUAUUAAUGAUUUUAGCUAUGAUAAUCUGUUUAAUAAUCUUAUUUUAAUAAGACUUUAAAAUAUAUAUCAAGUCUAUUAACAACACCAACAAUUACACCAUCAAUUACUUUUAUGAUUCCUUAUAUUAAAUUUAUUAAUUAUCCAGAAGAUUAUAAAUGGUUUAGGGAAUUAAUUAAACCCAAACCAAGUCCCUUUGUUGAAACAAUAAAUGAAGAUAUUUAUAAGACAUGGAAUGGAGAGGCUCUAAUUAAUUUUAAAUGGAAUACUUACGGAAAUGCGGUAAUUUGGAUUUUAUUUAUGGCUUUACUUGGAUGUUUUACUGUUGCUGCAACAGUUCCUCAGCAAUAUAUUGGCAUAAAUAUUCAAAAUCAACUUUUUAUUGCUUCAAUUAUACUUGGAUUCAUUCAUUUGAGUUUUGAAAUUCGUCAAUUCAUUUAUUCACCUGAAAGAUGGAUUCGUGAAUUUUGGAACAUAUUUGAUAUAAUUGCAUAUUUACUUCCAAUAAUCACUUCUAUUAAAUGGCUUCAAACAAAUGAUUUGAAUGAUCAUAUAAUCCAAUUGUUUUCUUUUUCAUGUCUAUUUUUAGAUAUAAAAUUUUUAUUAUUUUUUAGAGCAUUUGAAUCUUUUGGUAUAUAUUUUGAAAUAAUUAUACGUUGCAAAACAGAUCAUUUAUUUUUUAGUAGUCUUAUUUAUUAUUAUAAUAAGUUUUGCACAUGCGUUUUAUAUUUUAUUAUUACCAAGAUCCGAUUAUUCAUUUGAUCAAUUUACGAACAAUAAUGAUCCUAAUAAUCCUUGGAAUAUAGCUCCUACUUAUAAUCAAGUAUUUAAUAAUGGAACCAUGGAUUCAUUUUUUAUUCAAAAACCAGAUGAAAAUACAAAUAUGUUUAUAGAUUUUAGAACUGCGCUUCUUGCAAUGUAUACCUUCCUAACGGGUGAUUCAAGUGCGUUAUCAAAUUGGUUAUAUUUAGAUAAUCA